GAAGUGAAGGCAGGAAAAGUUUCUCCAGAGGAAAAAUGCAGGGCUUGUCCUUCACCGUGACGUCAGAUCUGUCUUUAAUAAAAUCCCCAAAGAGCCAAGAGAAAAAGGCAGAGUGCCUAGGCUAGGUUGCCAGUUCAGGAUUGCUCCGCAUUCCCCAAAGUGGUGUUUUUGUUCAAAACGGCUCUAAAUCUGGGUUCAAUCAAAUGUAUUUAAUCCCGGCUUCCAGGGAUGAGGUGGCUUUUGCCCUGGAUUCUAGCAGCAAGCAGCAUUUUGCAGGCCACUGCCCAGACCUCCCUCACCAUGACCAGCACUGUCCCAGCCACGACAGAGACCUACACACGGACUCAGUACUGCAAGUGGCCCUGCCAGUGCCCCAAGUCCCCACCGCGGUGCGCGGCCGGCGUCAGCCUGGUGACAGACGGCUGUGACUGCUGCAAGACGUGUGCCAGGCAGCGGGGAGAGAGCUGCACGGAGGCUGACACCUGUGACUUCCACAGGGGCCUGUACUGUGACUACAGCGGAGACAGACCUAGGUACGAAAUAGGAGUAUGUGCACAGAUUGUUGGUGUAGGAUGUGUCCUCAAUGGAGUCAGGUAUAAGAAUGGGGAGACAUUUCAGCCCAACUGCAAAUACAACUGCACGUGCAUUAAUGGGGCUGUGGGCUGUGUUCCCAUGUGCAUAAACUCACGUCCUCCACUUGUCUGGUGCCCAAACCCAAAGCUGAUUAAGAUGGCAGGGAAGUGCUGCGAGCAGUGGGUUUGUGAUGACUCCAGGAAAAUCAGGAAGACAUCUCCGCGUCACAUCUCCUCCGCAGCGUACGAGGGAGAGGAUGAAGCCUGGCAGAAGAACUGCAUUGUGCACACCUCGCCCUGGAGUCCCUGCUCAAAGACCUGUGGGCUGGGCAUCUCCACCAGGAUUUCCAACGACAACGACCAGUGCCGGCUCCUGAAGGAAAGCCGCCUGUGCAACAUGAGGCCCUGUGAGGUGGAUAUAACCCAGCACAUCAAGCCUGGGAAGAAAUGCUUGGCUGUCUACAGGGCGAAUGAACCCAUGAACUACACCAUCUCUGGAUGUGUGAGCAAAAGUCCAUACAGGCCCAAAUACUGUGGUGUCUGCACAGACAACAGGUGCUGCACACCCUACAAGUCCAAGACUAUUGAAGUGAGGUUUCAGUGCCCAGAUGGAACUGAGUUUUCCUGGAAAAUUUUGUGGAUCAAUGCGUGUUUUUGCAAUCUGAACUGCAGGAACCCAAAUGACAUCUUUGCUGACUUGGCUCAUUACUAUGAUUACUCUGAAAUCGCUAAUUAAAUUGGCUGAAUGCUGGAAUUGUCCCUUUGCUCUGAUUUUACAGAGGUUUUAAAAUAAAAGGAGAAUCUUCAUCCACUGCC